CGCUUAUAUAAGAGAUUAGCGAAACGAGAAGGUACCGCAGAAAUUCGAUAUACCGUACGUUAAGCAUCACGCAUCAUUUUUUACUAAGGUAAAAUGAAGGUGGCAAUUAUUUCCCUUGCAGUCUUGGCUGUAGUAUCAGCGUACCCACAAAAAGAAGGGGGAGCAUACACAAAUGAAGCCAUCAGGCAGGCACAAGACACAUAUUUGAUUCCCAAAGAUGCCGAAAUUCAGAAAGUCCAAGAGGCUAUUGAACUCGCUGCUUACGAAAGUAUACCCGGCAACCAAAAAAUCAGCCUUGCCGACAUUUUGGGCGAUCAAUUUCCCCCUGAAGUAGUCAACAACCUCCAAGGACAAAUCGACCAAGUUGGGAAAAACUAAAUGAUAAAUCUGAUUAACUUGAGUCAUUAGUCAUUAGUAGUGUGACGGUCAACUUUUUGACUCCAAAAUCUAUUAACUUCCUUAGCCUUUUCUAACGCUUUCUUUGCUUCGCUUUACAAUUUUAUUUUAAAUAUAUACAAAAUAUAUUUUUAUAGAAGACAAGCAGGUUCUGCAAUUUUUAAUGUACUUACAUUUAAAUACUUGUAACCAUUUUCCUAAUAUUCUCAAUUUGUUCAAAAUUUUCACGACUUUUUUUCCUAGAAUUUCUUGCACUUAAUAUGUCUUUACUAUCACUCUCUCUAUUUUGCACGUUUUUUAUCUUUAUUUGCAUCUACCUACGAUCCAAAUUUUGCUCGUAGAAAUACUAUCUGUUGCUUUUUCUCCCUACUCUUCAACUCGUUGAUAUUCUUUCCAAAAAGGUGCCAAUUAUUUUCUUCAUUUCUAUGUUUUAAAAUUCACGUUAUUUUUUUGUUUUUGUACAUACAUGAAAAUUAAAUAUAUUUUAGUAUAAUUUAUUUUUUAUUUUCUACUUGAAGGGAAAUGAUACGAA